GUUGUUUAUUGUUUAUUGUUGACCUUUUCGCGUCUGUUUAUUAUUAGGUACUAUCUCAGUGUUCGCAUCCUUUUCGAAGCUUAACUCGUAUGGCAUUUUUAAAGUUUUUAUUUUUGUUUAAUUAAAUGUACAAUAUCAUAUAUAUUUUAUGGAGAUUAAAAAGUCUUACUAGAAUAUAGUACAUCAUUGUUUAGAAGCGUUCGUAUCAAAGGUUUCUUGCGAGGAUUAGUUAUGGGGUGCACGCAAAGUGAAAUAUCUCCACAAAAUGAAACGCCUAAAAAAGGAUGUACCGACGUUCUAUGGCUGGUUAUAUAUGUAAUCUUUUGGAUAGCAAUGAUAUUUGUUGCUGCAAUCUCUUUUGUAUACGGAAAUCCGCAACGACUCAUAAAUGGAUAUGAUUCCUUUGGUAAUACAUGUGGUGUAAAAAAUAACAAGAAACUAAUAAACUUCCCACUUGCCGGCAUAAGCACUGCUGACAAAAGUUACCUGUUUUUUAUGGAUGUAAAGCAAUUACGACGGUCUCUCAAAAUAUGUGUAAAAGAAUGCCCAAAUAAAAAAAUGGAAACUUUAACUGAUAUUCAAAACUUCUACAAGCAAACUGGGUCUAGUUUAUGUAGAUAUGAUAUAAACUUGAAUACCACAACAAAUACUGGAGAUUUAAACAAUUUCAUAGGCCCAUGCCCUGUUUUACCAGUUUAUGAAUCAUUCCCGCUUCUUAACCGGUGCUUUCCAAAGUCAGCUAAAGAUGUAGCUCAGAAAGUCUUUACCGAUUUCUAUGAUUUGCUAAACAGCUGGGACACAAUUGAGCAAAUGCUGUCUGACCUAUAUAACUCUUGGAAAGAAAUGAUUAUUUGUGUAAUUAUAGCAUUUAUUUGUUCUCUAAUAAUGGUUUCUAUUUUGCAUUUAUUGGCAACAUUAGUGUCUUGGAUAUUUAUGAUCAUAGUAUCAAUUGCAAGUGUGGCGGGAACAGCCUUGUUAUGGUACACUUAUCAUGAACUUAGAACUAAACAGAGAGACUUCUCUGAUACAACUGCUUUCCUAGCUGAAUCCUUUAAAAAUGAAAAAGCCUUCCUAUGGUACUCCAUUAUAGCUACAAUAAUUACUGUAAUUUUGCUCCUCCUUGUAUGGGUGAUGAGAUCGCGUGUGUCAUUUUUGGCUGCAUUGUUCAAAGAAACAGCUCAUUGCCUUGGAUCCAUACCAGCACUCUUUCUCCAGCCAAUAAUUACAUUCUUCUUCUUGGUGCUGUUUUUUGCUUUUUGGUCAUCUGUUGUGGUUUGCUUAGCUACAGCUAACUAUCCUGGUAUACCUUAUAAAACAAACUUCUUCAUCAAUGGUACACAACUACCAGACCAUGUAGAUAGUGCAGCCAUUCAGGCUCAAAAGAUUAACAGCAGUGCCAGUUUUAAAAGCUAUAUUCUAGAUCCAAUAGAGUUUAACCCUAUGUGGGUAAGGAGUAUGUGGUGGAUGUGUCUUAUCUGCCUUGUGUGGGGAAGUGAAUUUAUAUUGGGCUGCCAACAGAUGACUAUUGCUGGGGCUGUGUCGCACUGGUAUUUCAGGGGUCCCCAUAGUGAUUCAUCACCAGUACUAUAUUCUGUUGGAAAACUUCUUAAAUAUCAUCUAGGUUCAGUAGCUAAAGGAUCAUUUUUGAUCACAUUAUUCAAAGUGCCACGCCUUAUUCUAACAUAUCUCCACGCCAAACUUUCGUCAAGGGCAGAAAAAGGUUCGGAGUGUGCUAAGUGUGGAUUAAAAUGCGGUAUUUGUUGCUUUUAUUGCCUCGAAAAAUUCAUUCGCUAUUUGAACCAUAAUGCAUAUACAAUAAUUACCAUAGAAAGAUGUCAUUUUUGUAAGGCAGCAGCUAAGGCUUUCAGUGUUAUUGUGAACAACGCCUUGCAAGUGGCCACAAUAAACAGUGUGGGCGAUUUCAUUCUAUUUCUGGGCAAGUGUAUCGUAACAGCCAUAACUGGCAUCAUUGGCUUACUUCUGCUAAAACGAAACUCCGACUUACAUUUCUUCGCAGUUCCUACACUCGUUAUCUGUAUUUAUUCGUUCUUUAUUGCACAUUGCAUUCUAUCUCUGUAUGAGAUGGUAGUGGAUUCUCUGUUUUUGUGCGUUUGCGAGGAUCGUAACAUGAAUGGUGACAAUGGUAAAUGGAAGAAUUCAAGAUUGGCUGAACUCGGAGGACAUAAAACAAACAGACAGGAACAAAACGCCGCUGAAUUGGAAGAUUUGCAGGAAAAGUACUGAGUUUAUAAACAGAUCUGAUUUCGGAUAUAUUUACACUUUCUAAGGCUAUGCAUUACUCGAAGUCUCAACAGUUAAUAAGAUUUUUAUAAAUUUCCUAUUAAUGUAAUUUUAAACUGUUCUUUUGUCUUCUUUUGUUAACGUUACGUAUAUAUAAUAAGAACUGAUAACAUAUACAAAUUUUCGAAAAUUGCAUAGGUAUAAGUUUACUUAUUUAUAUUAGAUAUACAAUCAUGUUUCAUAAUAUUUUAUAAUUUGUCAUUAAUUGUCAGCUUUAAUUAUUUUUUGCCUAUUUUUAUACUUGUAGAAAUAAUGUUGAUAUAAUCUCGAAUGAAUUUAAUCUCAGAUUAUAAUUUAAAUUUUUUAUUUUAGAAACUAUGAAUUAAAUGCGUACAAUCAUGACUAGUGUAUAAGAAAAAAUAUUUUGCUAGGACAUUUAUUUUUUGUAAUGUUUGAUCGAUUUUAUGAUACUCGCUGCUUAAAUGCACUUUUUCGCGUUUUUUAAAUGUUAACAUCCAAAAAUGCAUUGUUUCCUUUUUAAAAUCUUAACAUUUUAUAAAAAUUAUUAAUAAUUAAUUAUACUCAUUCAGUACAUUAUAUUUAAUAUAAUAUAAUUAACUUCUUCCAUUAUUUUUAUAACAUGAUAUAUAAAGUCUCAGUUUAAAUGAAAGCAAAUAUUUAAUUUACUAGAAUAAGUAUCAAAUAAUAAAAAUGUCCAUCAAAUGUUUGCUGUGUCACUAUGUUGUUUUAUACGUGUCGCAGGUAUAUUUUCAAAGCCUUGAAAUUAUAAUUACAGUAGAUUAUUAGUCGAUUGCAUUUGUUCUAUAGACAUUGUAAUUUUACAGCGACACUAUAAUGAUUUUGAAACGUAAUUAUAUUUUGACAAUUUCGUCGGUCGACGAGGUCGACGUUUCUAUUGUUGUGUUUCCAAUCCUAGAAUGACGAAUAAAGAAAAUUUCAAAUCCGACCGCUUACGACUCGACGGCUCGCGCUGCUAACAUCGUUUAUGAUAUUAUCACUAGUCCCUGUGAAAUUGCUAUGUCACUUAACAAGGCCGUUAAAUUUUAAGAUGUGAAAACGAUUAUCAAUCGAGCCUUACCCUUGUUAGUAAGAAAUAAGCAACAUUGUUGUAAUUGUGUAUUUUUAGUUUUAUAACGUUGAAAUGCUUUAUAAAUGAGAAAUUUAGAAAGAAUAGAAAAAAAAAUGAUCACGAAGCGGGAUUCGAACCUGCGUAAAAAGACGCAACGCCAAUCCCACUUUAUCAUCGAAUUUCCUCUUCUCUUUCAAAAUUUCUCAAUAUUAUACCUUUUAUUUUACAUCUACAAAGGGCUUCUUAAGGAGAAAAAAAAAUCAAUUUCCAGGGCAUGAUUUCGAAAUUUACCAUAUAAUAAAUGGACCUCUAACAGGAACUAGGUAAAAUAGCAUUUAUGUGUGUUUCUUAUAUAUACAUAUAUAGGCAGCUUAUUUUAAAUUUUAUAGCUAGGACUUUACAAGGAAUGCUAUACUUGCAUAAGUAAAAUAUCUAGGAUCAGAAAAUUUUUGAGACUAAAAAAAAUUAUUGCAUUUACAUAUUACCUAUAUGAAUUUAAUCAAUUGUAUUUUUUUAUUAACAUUUAAACAUGUCAGUUUAUAUUGCUUUACAUUGAAUAUUAUACAAAUGUAUUGGGAGUAUGAAUGUAAAUUAUUAUGAUGCAUAUUGCUAUUUCAGUAAUCAUAAUAAUAUUUAUUUUGAAGCCAAAGUAAUGACUUAGUUCCAUGUUAUGUUCAUCAUUUACACUUGAAUAGACAAAGCAAGAUUCCAUCCCUUUCCUUUUACAAAUUGUUGUAAUUGUUUACCCAUAACAUGUAGCAAUGUUUUAGACUUUUUUUGUAUCCUGACUUUAGUCAAGAAACCGUCCAGAGUGAUUUGAUGCUCAAGUGCUGUAAUUAGUAAAUAAUCAUUAAACAAAUAUUAAUUUAAGGCAAAAAAAGGUAUUGUAACAUUAAAUUCACUAUGACUCCAUUUUUAACAUAAAGCUUUAAUAUUUAUUUGUUGUACCUUAUAAAUUUUUCAUAUUGUGUCACCAUACAUAAACUUAUGCAUUUUUUAUUAUUGCUUAUGAAUCAAAUGUAACUUCCAAGUAUUGCUAGUAUAUUG